AUCAUGGUGCAAAACGUCGAGCAGAUCUUGAGCAGAGGAGAACGAAUUGAGCUUCUCGUUGAUAAGACUGAUGCUAUGGCUGGUCAGGCGACUGCGUUUAGACGUGGGGCGAGGAAUGUACGAAGACAAAUGUGGUGGAAGAACAAGAAGGUACUAGGACUUGGUCUCUUGGCGGGGCUGGUCUUGCUGUGGAUUAUAUUGGCGCAGUUCUGUGGCGCCAGCUUGCGUUGCGCGCAAAAGGCAAGUACCUAGAUCACGGCGACAAUCUAUCAUCUCUUUUUUUAUCGUCGGAUUCAAUAUUCACCUGUAUCAUCUUUUGACUUAUUGACUUGUUCAAUUCUAUGGAAUGUCUAUCAUUCACUGGUACAUUCUGUUCUGUGAUGUCAGUCUACUUUGGAUGCCGAGGACCAAGCUCUCCUUCAAGACUCAGCUCUCUGUUCUGAUCUCAGGACAUCAUCGUAGCUUUCAAGGUCAUCGGUCUAAGAUGGCUGCCGUGUUGCAAGUCAUGAAACGAGCGCCGGAGAGUACUUGUCGGUGUCCAAACGUUUCUGUUGCCUUAUUUUAUCAAGCGUCGGCAGAAGACACUGCCUCAAGGUGCUGCGCUCACCUAGGCUCGGGCGGCCUCAACAAAUGCUCCUCACACGAGACCCCACGUACAGGGCACAGAAUGGCGCUCGAUUUUUACGGAAGCCAGUGGCUGAUAAUUGAUUCUCCGUCGCAUGUUGAAGGGAGAUUCCUCUCAGUAGAGCUGGGAUUUCCAAACGGAACGGAGAUGCGAUCUGGGCUAAUCACAACGGCAGCGAGAUGUCAUGCGUACAGCGUGUUUCACGCUUUCAUCAAACUGUCAAGGCUUUUACAAAUAUUCAGUAUGAGCCGACCGAUACACCGCGACCAGGGUCGGGUAUAGAGUGCGCCAGCUUUCCCCUCCCGUCGAUUUUGCUUCUGUUGGUUGUUAUGGUGGGUUGUGAGCGCUCAAUUAAACCCUAGUCGGUACGGCGACCAUACAUAAUAAAGCUCCUUUGUGUUUC